ACUGGAGCUUUGUAGUUAAACGUGAUCAUGCAUAUGGUGAAUAUGAGUUUAAUUUAGAGCUGGAACCUUACGUUAAAAUGGAUGUAGUAUUUAGACCAAAUUCUAAAACAUCAAAUAAAUCAUUCCUCCUUCCUUCGGAAAUGAAUACACAGUCAGAAAUUAAGUUAUUGACAAGAGGAAAAUUUCAGCUGGGCACAGAUAUCACGGUGAAGAAUAUGGAUACUUCUGAAAUAUAUUCCUGUAUUUAUCUUCAGUCUCCAUCUACUGAACCUCCUUAUCAUGAAUGUUUAUUGGUAAAUGCUUCUGUGUGGAGAGUAGAAUUAACCUCACGACCCAGACUAAUAAGAAAUACAAUAGAAAUAAAAGCAUUUCUUGGAGUGAGUGUGAGUGAAAGAGAUACUUUACAUCACCUAACAUUUCAAAAGUUAGCUUAUCUCCCCAUAUUUGUUGAUUUUACCAAUAUUGGAAAUAUAAGAACGAGUGAGGUUCAUGUAUACUUCAGUUACCCUCGUGAAGCCAUUGACAUAUUCCAAAUUGUCAUGACCAGAGUACUUACUGGAGAAAAAUAUGGUUGUGCUAAUAUACACAUGACAAUCCCUGCUAAAUAUUCAUGCAGACUACUGGAAAGUACAAAUUGGCAUCUGGAAAUUGUUUCUCCAGAAGAACAUAUGCAAGCUUUCUAUGUAGAAAUAAUUCAAGGAACAUUAUCUUCUUUUUCUAGAGGUUUAUUUUGGCAAAAUCUCUGUAAACAUGGAUAUAACUGUGUUGACCAUUUCGAUUUGAAGACAUAUGAAGAUGAUAAAAUAACCGGCUUAAAACUGAAUUUUUUGGAUAAACCUAUCAGAAUCAAUGCUGUAAUAUGAUAUUUUAUUCACCCAUUUUAAGAUAUCUAAUGAUGAUAAGAAAGCAAAUGGCGUAAUUUAUGUUAGUGAAUUUGAGAUUUCAAAAUGGCUGGGUUCAAAAUACUAGUAGAGCCAACUUGAAAAUCUUUUCUGAAAAUAUUUAUGAUGAUGGAUAGCCCUUGACCUGCCCCUCCACCACUAAAUAACCCAUCCUAUUACCUUUCAAGUCUGUGCUGUCUUUUCUCACAAUCUUGUUAAUUUUAUCUCUCUUUUCUCCUUUAUUCCCCCAAAACUUCCAUCUGAUGA